AUGAAAGAAAUGAUAAAGAGUAUCUUUUAUUUAUAAAUAAUGAAUAGUAUCAAAUGUUUUAGUGAAGAUGAAGCUUCUAUCAAAGCAAAAUCUGAUGUCUUACAGUCUCCUGAAAAAAAGGUACUUAGACCUCGUAAUAAUCUUAUACCUGGAAUAUUUUAGGAAUAAAAAAGAACAUACAUUAAAGUCCCAUAAGAAACAAAAGAAUAACUCUUCUAACUUGUAUUUAAGGAAGGGUUUAAAAUUAAAUAAGUAUUAUACUGGAUUAAGAAUAAAUUAGGCUGCUUAGAAACUUUUUAUAAAAUAUGCAACAGCUAAGACUAUCAUAUUUCAUAUGCGCAAGAUUAAUCUUAAAUAAAAGAAAAAAAGAUGCAAUUUUUGCAGAUAUAUUCAAUUAUAGGAGAAGAUCUCCAUUAAAUUAAGAAUUAUUUCAAUUAUAUAAAGAAAGCUAAUUUCUUCCGUCGAAUAUAUUGUUGAAAAUAAGUCAGAUCAUUUAUCCUAUCAACAAUAAAAGAAGUGA